UGUGGAAGUUGGGGGGGGGCUUCCAACUUUGUCACACAUUCACACCUUUUGCUACUUCACUGAGGUUUCUUUCCGUCCAUCUCCGUCGCAUAAUGUCUCCCACCUCCGUUCUCUUCGCCUCUCUCCGCCGUGGCGGCCGCCGCUUUUCUCCUCUUCUCUGUUUUCAUCACCCUCGAUUUCUCUCUACUCAACUCGACUACCCUCUCACCCACCCUAUCUACUCCAUUUGGGCUGCCAACACCUCCCUCGGCAAAACACUGGUCUCCGCCGGCCUCUCCAUAUCCUUUCUCUCCUCCGCUCCCGACAGGAAAUUCGUCUACUUCAAACCCGUCCAGACUGGAUUUCCUCAGGAUUCCGACUCCCGCUUUGUCUACAAAAAAUUCUCCGAGUUUGCGUCUCUGCACCGCCCCGAACGCUCCGUUCUCGCUUCCAAUCAUGUUCUCCGGGCCUCCGCUUCGGCGUCGGAGGAGCUCUUGAACAGGGAGUGUGGGAGUGGGAUUGUGAGCUUGGGGUGGCACGAGGAGAAUCUGGUGGGAAAUGCGGGUGGAUUGGAGGCCUCGGAGCUGGUUUGCAAGACUUUGUAUGCGUGGAGAGAGGCUCUGUCGCCUCAUUUGGUUGCGGAGAAGGAAGGAGCUAGGGUUCGCGAUGUUGAGUUGUUAGAAAUGCUGGAAAGCUGUUUGGGAAAUGGCUCGGAGACUUGGGUUCAGAAGGGUGGGAGAAAUGUGGAUAUGAUGUGCGUGGUUGAGACUGCUGGUGGUGUUGCCAGUCCUGGCCCCUCAGGUUCACUCCAAUGUGACUUAUACCGGCCUUUUCGUUUACCAGCAAUUCUUGUUGGUGAUGGAAAACUAGGUGGUAUUUCUGCAACCAUUUCAGCCUAUGAGACACUAAAGCUUCGUGGUUACGAUGUUGUUGCUAUUGUCUUUGAAGACCAUGGCCUUCUAAAUGAGGCACCGCUAUUGUCCUACUUGCGGGAUAGGGUCCCUGUGCUCGUGCUUCCACCCGUUCCACAAGAAAUGUCGAAUAAUCUUAUGGAAUGGUUUUAUCAAUCCCAGGACAUCUUUAAUUAUCUUCAGGAAAUAAUGUGCUUAGCAUCUCGUGAAAGACUAGAGCGAUUCCAUUACAUGACAAAGAAGGCACGGGAAAUUUUCUGGUGGCCGUUUACUCAACAUAAGCUUGUAUCUGAAGAACGGGUUACGAUGAUUGAUUCACGCUGUGGGGAGAACUUUGCAGUGCACAAGGUCAAGAAUGCGGAUUCAAUUGUUCAACAGUUUGAUGCUUGUGCAAGUUGGUGGACACAGGGACCAGAUGCUAGUUUACAGAUUGAGCUUGCAAGAGACAUGGGAUAUGCUACCUCUAGAUAUGGGCAUGUAAUGUUUCCUGAGAAUGUUUAUGAGCCAGCUUUAGAGUGUGCUGAAAUAUUGCUUGAAGGUGUUGGAAAAGGUUGGGCCUCAAGAGCAUACUUUUCAGAUAACGGAUCUACAGCAAUUGAAAUUGCACUUAAAAUGGCGUUGCGCAAAUUUUUGUUUGACCAUAAAGUUCUUUUAGAAAAUUCAAAUGGCAAUGGUGCAGACAGAUAUAUUGAUCUAAAGGUUUUGGCUCUUAGAGGAUCUUAUCAUGGUGAUACUUUGGGAGCUAUGGAAGCGCAGGCACCGUCACCUUAUACUGGCUUCUACCAACAACCAUGGUAUACGGGAAGAGGUCACUUUUUAGAUCCACCAAAAGUUUCCUUGUGUCGCAAUGUUUGGACAAUUUGCCUUCCCAAGAAUAUUCAACCUGACAAUGCCAAUGUAGAAGAUCUGAGUUUCUGGUCACGUGAUGAUAUUUUUGAUAAAAAGCGGGAUGUAUCAAGUCUUGCUGAUGUGUAUUCAUCAUACAUAUCACAAGAGUUAACGGAGAAUCUGGAUCCGAGAGGAUUUAUGUCUAUUGGAGCAUUGAUUAUUGAACCAGUGAUUCAAGGAGCUGGUGGAAUGGAAAUGAUUGAUCCUUUAUUUCAAAGGAUACUCACAAAAGAAUGCCAAAGUCGAAAGAUUCCUGUCAUAUUUGAUGAGGUUUUUACUGGAUUUUGGCGUCUCGGAAGAGAGUCUGCUGCAGAGUUACUUUCGUGUCAACCAGAUAUAGCCUGCUAUGCAAAAUUAAUGACGGGUGGAGUUAUACCCUUGGCCGUCACAUUAGCCUCAGAAGCUGUUUUUGAAGCAUUUUUUGGGGAUUCAAAGCUCAAGGCUCUUUUACAUGGCCACUCCUACAGUGCACACGCUCUUGGCUGUACAGCUGCUGUUAAGUCCAUGAAAUGGUUUAAAGAUUGCAAAUCAAAUUCUAAUUUGACAUGUGAUGGGAGAUUGCUCAAGGAGCUGUGGGAUGAAAACCUAGUUCAGCAGAUCUCUUUACUUCCAGCCGUUGGUAGGGUGGUUGUGUUGGGAACUUUAUGUGCAAUGGAACUCCAAGCGGAAGGCUCCAAUGCCGGGUACGCGUCACUCUAUGCUGCAAACCUUAUUCAAAAGCUCCGAGGUGAUGGGAUUUACAUGAGGCCUCUAGGCAAUGUGAUAUACGUUAUGUGUGGGCCUUGCACCUCACCCCAGGUGUGUAGCAACAUAUUGGAAAAGAUAUACACAAGGCUCAAAGACUUGAGUGAAGCCAAGAUUGAACCCCUUGCUCAAACAAAUUUAGUGUGAAAGUGAAUCCUUCAUUUUAGUGUUGAUAGACUAGGUAGUGGGUAAUAGGUUUGGCUUAGUAAAAUCAUUUUAUGGAUCAAUGUAAACAGAUCUAGAUUGAAUAGGUUUGUUUUGAACAUUUAACUAUGUAGCCUAGUUUUUUUAUCGUUAAAUUGGAUGUUGGUUUAUUCUCUUUGAUAUUGCUGAAUGCUAGAUUAAAAUUGACAUUGUGUUUGACCUUGGCCAAGUAGAAUACAUGUUAUGGAUGGAUUAAUUCCAA